AUGGCUCCAAACAAUGACCAGGAGCAGCAGCGGAAAAACGAGAUUACAGCAGUGCUCAGCCAAGGAUAUUUUCCCCUUUUCCAGCAGCUGCCACCUGAAAUCCGCCGUCACAUUUGGCAAGAGGCGCUCUGUGAAUGGGCGGUCUGGUAUACAUCGCACCCCCACGUCAAUCUCCAAGCAAGUGGCCUAUUCAUACGUAUGAGGCCCGUCGGCAUAGCGCCGUUCCAUGUCGGUCUCGCGUGCCAAGAGUCGCGACACCUGAUGGAGGGGCUGUACACAAAGCUGCUGGCCGGCGGUGGCGGCUCUGCGGCGUCUCCUGCCGCCGUGUAUUGGCUGAUACCAGAGCGGACCAUUACGUAUCUCGGCUGCACCGCGCGCGCCGUCGACUUCCUUGACAUCAUCCACGCCCACCAGAGCCUGCCCCUGAGACAUCUGGUGCUACACUGGUCUGACCUGCUCGAUGUGACUCGCUUCAGCCAUAACCUCGUCUACCAGUGCCCCGACCUCCAGACUCUUACCCUACAUGCCGCUGACAGGGGAACGACGCCGGAGCUGUGCCGAUGCGAUUCGCCGCUCAGCCAACACCUCGCGAACUGGUACAUUACCGUCGCGUCUUGGCAAGACGAGACGCUUCCGUAUGUAGAGCACCCGGAAUCAGAGAUGCUCAAUUGGAGUGUGGGCGAGUACUUUGGCGACCGGAACGAAGAGGUGGAGGGGCCAAGGCUGCAUUUUCUGCCAUCCAAAUUGCAGCCAUCAGCAGCUUUGGAGCGGCAACCCUUCUUCCACCGCCGCUCGAGUCCGCAUCAGAGAGCUGCAGCAGCUCCUAGAUUCACCUUGCAAUGCAAACGAUGCUUUGCCCCCGCAUUCCGAGUAGCGACACCCCAAGCUAACAGAGAAACCCCCCAGCAUGAUGCCGUCCUCGACUAUUACGGCCGCAAGCUGGCCACCUGCUCCAGCGAUCGCACAAUCAGAAUUUUCGAAAUCGAAGGCGAGUCGCAGCGGUUAAUCGAGACUCUAAAGGGUCAUGAAGGCGCCGUCUGGUGCGUCGCCUGGGCUCAUCCCAAGUAUGGCAACAUUCUCGCAUCGGCCGGCUACGACGGCAAAGUUUUUAUCUGGAAGGAACAAGGACCGCAGCACCAAUGGCAACGCAUCUACGACUUCCCACUACACAAGGCCUCGGUCAACAUUGUUUCGUGGGCGCCGCACGAGGCAGGCUGCUUGCUAGCCUGCGCCUCCUCCGAUGGGAAUGUCAGCGUUCUCGAGUUCAAGGACUCAGCCUUUGACAACACUACUUUCCCGGCCCAUGGCCUCGGCGUCAACUCUGUCUCCUGGGCUCCUGCCACCGCUCCCGGCAGUAUCGUCAGCAGCUCUCCCGGUCCCGCUGCCGCCGGCAACCGCCGCUUUGUCACUGGUGGUAGCGACAAUGUUGUGAAGAUCUGGGCUUUUGACCCCGCCACGCAGUCGUACAAGCAAGAAGGAGAGGCGCUCACCGGCCACUCGGACUGGGUUCGCGAUGUUGCUUGGUCUCCCACUGUCCUCAAGAGGUCAUACAUUGCCUCAGCUUCCCAGGACAAGACUGUUCGCAUCUGGACUGCAGAUUCGACGGCUGGUGGCCCUGCCCAGUGGGAUUGCAAGACGCUUGACUUUGAGGCCCCCGUUUGGCGUGUGAGCUGGUCCUUGAGCGGGAACGUUUUAGCUGUCAGCGGUGCCGAUAAUAAGGUCUCCCUGUGGAAGGAGAAUCUCCGCGGGGAAUGGGAGUGCGUCAAGAAGAUCGAGGACUAA